AUGACGACAGCAUUCUAUCAUCACCACCACCAUCAUCAUCAUCACACACCGCAACCGCGGAAUCAUUAUCAAUCAACCUCGACUCGUCAACCUAACACUCGUCACCAUUAUCAGCAACAUACCAUGUCGCGUUCAAGACAUACCGAGUUCCGUUAUUUUCAGCCUCUCACAGCCACAUCGUUGGAUGAUUUGAUCUACGGCUAUGCUACUCCAAUGGCACAAAGCGAACGCAGCAUAUUCGAGCCAGCUAUUCAUCCUCCCGCUAUUCAUAUGCCGUCAUCAAGAAAAGGAUCAUCAUUACCAUCUUCAUCAAUAUCACCGUCAACCCUACCUUUAUCCUUGUUGUCACCUUGUUGGUGGACAUCAUCAUCAUCAUCAUCGCUUGCUCCAUAUUCACAUCCAUCAUCAUCAUCAUCCAUACCCAAUGGUGACGUUCUUGUCGAUCCUCUAGAAACAACUACGCGGGAACCGUGGGACCCGAGUCAUGACGAUGACGAUGAUUAUGUUAUGGAGAAUCAUCACCAAGACGAUACACCAACAAAACAAGCUGUUGCUGCAACAAGUAGCAGCCAAAGGACUACCAGUAGUAGUAUCGAGGAUGGCAAUUGCUAUUACUUUUAUUACUGCCACCACCAACAUCACCACUACUGCUGUGAAAGUGCUACUGCUGCCACCAGUAGCAGCAACAGCAUCGAUCGCACAGACCCAUUGGAUGAUCACCACGACCAGCUGCAUCGUCGUGCAUCAACCAUCUCCGAUACUAUCACAGCUUCGUCGACCGAAAUAUGCCGUCGCUUCAGCAGUGGAAGUACAAGUAUAAGUAGUGCCUCCAGCAUUGCUACUGAAAUCACUUUGGAUGAUGAAAAGAGGAAGCAUUUAUCAUCACCACCACCAUCCACUACAUUUUCAGAAUUCACCAACACUACCACAACCUCCACCAAUAACGCAACAACCCCUUCACCUCCACCAACAGCACAACAGCAACAACCCCCCUUGGAGCAAGUUCAUGAAGAAGAAGAGCCCAAUGAAGAAUACCAAGAUUCAACCCAAUCCUCUGAAGCCGAAGAAGAAGAUGAAGAGGAGGAGACACCUGUUUGGGCUGAUAUAGAGCGUGUGAGAGAGAAUCCAAGUCGUUAUGAGUAUGUGCAAUCGUACAUGAAACAACACGGGAUAGUACCAAGUUCGCCCAUGCCAUUGCCCAACGAGUACAUGUUCUACUUUUGGGAAAGCGCAUCCAAUACGGCUGGGACAACAAGUAGUAAACAAAAGAUUGCCACUGCUCAUUACCUGUCAAGUGUCAAGCCGUUGUUUGAUUGUCGUAGCGUUUGGGAUUUUUCAUCACGUUGGCGUCUAUACAAGCAGCACAAGGGUCGUCCUUCACAAAUGAUGCACAACCAAAAUCUCUAUUGCUUUAUCAAGCAAGUACAGCCCAUGUGGGAAGAUGAACGCAAUCGCCAUGGUGGUCGUCUCACUUUGUCACCUCCUCGCUGUGACCUUGAUACAGUAUUUGAAUGGGUGUUGGCAUGCUUCGUGGGUGGUAAUCUUGAUCCAUUUGGUAUGGUGGGUGUUGUUCUUUCUAAGCGAUCUCGUGGUGAUCGUAUCGAGCUUUGGCUAGAUGGAUCAGCCAAUGUGCAAGGGCUAAAAGCAUGUCUUUGUCACCACAUGGCACCCAGACUCAAUGAGCUUGUGUCAAACGCACGCUUCAAGAAGCAUUUUGACAAAUGA